AUGAAGAGUCAGAAAUUAAGGAAAUUGCUGCGCGCAGGUGCAGUGCUUCUUCUUUUUAUUCUGGGGUGCAGAGCAGGAUGGGAGAACCUUUUUAGAGAGGAGGCAGAGAAUGCAGGCGACUUGUACCUAUAUGGCACUGGAACUCCGAGUAUGAUGGAUUACAUAGGAUAUCCUUCUGAUAGUAUACCCGCUGGCUAUGAUCCAAUCGCGCCCGAAUACGUGCCAGAUGUGUACCCUCAGCUGGAUUGGCAGUACAUGGCAGAACCUAGCACGAGUAGCGCUGGGACUUUAGUGGGCAGGAGCAAUGAUGAUUCUGCGCCAUCUAGGGAUGAGAAUACAGCAGCAGAAGCAGCAGUUGGUCCGUACCUUUCUUCUAGCAAUUUACUUAUGGAUGACAGCAUAGAAUGGUACGGCGAAUACCACAGUGCAAUGGAUGUACCACCACAGCCGCAAGUCCAGCCUGCACAACAGGCAGCAGAGGCUGAAGUGCAUGCACCCUCUUCUGGCAUAGCAUAUGGCUAUGCAGGAGCGAGCUGCAGUGAAGUGAGCAUAACCCAAGAAAACAGCUCAUAUUUUGAUUUUUCUAUGCCAUAUGUGGAAAAUCCUAGAUGGAGCGUGCUAAAACCCAGCGAGACAAUUGACGAUAUGAUAAAGCAGUAUAUACUGCCUCUAGAAAGCAUAGAUGUGUCUGUUGAAGGCAUGGAUGCAUCUGUUGAAAGUGAGAGUGUCUUUGUGGACAGAAGAAAUGUUGAUACACCGCCCGUAAGAGAAAAAGAAACAGUAAAAAAAAUGAGUAUCUUGAGAAACCCUCCUGCUCUCUGGUCCACGCUAGAGAAUAGCCCGAGUAUAUCAAGGGAAACAGCCAACGCAUCUUUUCAUAUGGAAAUAGGCAAAACUGCAGGGAAAAAAAAAGAGUAUCCAAAUGAGAACUACCACGGAGCAUACAGGAAAACGUGCGAAGGUGUAACAAUCGAAAACCUGGACACCGAGAUGUGGAGCAGUGAAAGGCUAAGCAAUGUAAGAAGAUACAACUCAAAGAUAGACCACAAGAAUAUAUACAUUUACAACACCUUCAACAAGUUUGUAAACUGGGACAUAAAGUCUGAGCCCUACCAGCAGCAGCUCAGAAAGAACAUCGAAGACUUUUCUGCAAAAAUUGCGCUGAAAAUAGGAACAAAUGCGCUGUGGUACUUCAUUGCAUGCGUGUCGCCUGACAUAAACCAAAAGUACAAAGAUCUUUUGGCGAUAAGGGAAAUAUUCAGGAACAGCAGAGACUCUCUGUACAAGAACAUGAUAAAGGGCUUUAAAGGAUACUACCCCGGGGCAAUUGAAGAAAUAAUCGCGUAUGUGGAAAAGCACCAGCCGUUGAUGGCCGCUAGAGAAGGACACCUGAUAGGCGCACAGGAAAAGAUAGGAGACAUUUACAUGCGGGUGUGCUGUGGGAUGGAGCAGAGCAUGCUGGUAAAACAGAGCAACAUUACACAGAUCGAGAAGAAGUACUAUGUGCUCGCCUACGCUGUGCACAUGCUUAUAGCAUUGCCCGAGGUGUACCAAGACUUCUACAACAUCACCAGAGAAUUUAUAGAAGCAGCAUACGCCGCAGAGAGCAACAGUAUAGAGGCAGAGCGCAUAAAUGACUACAAAGUUCUCUUCGGAAUACACAAAAUAGUGCAGAGAUCUAAGGAAGAAAAGGGGUACAGCGAGAUAUACGGCAUUUUUUACUUAACUUUGGAGAGCAUAUACGGUAAAAAAGUGAUGGAAAAGCUAACAGCUAUUGACCUGUACAGAAAGAUGUACACCAUUCUCGGAAAGUUCUACGACAAAGUAGAGAUGGUUGACGCAAGGAAUGGGUAUGUGCUCGCAGGCAAGUGCAUAAUAGCGAACCAGAAGUACAUAAGGUGCGAAAUAGUGGUAAACACAGCGCCAAAAGAGAUGGACAAAAGAGUGCUGAGCACAAAGUAUUCACUGGAGGAGAACAGAUGGGGCGUUUCACCAGAUAUACAGAUACACUACCACGUGUACUAUGUAAACAACACAUUGGGCCAGGUAAGAAUGGUGUGCAUGCCUCUAUAUAUAGACAGCAAGGGGAGAAAGCACUGCUUGCACACCGUCAACGAGAUAGUAAAGUACAUAAAGACACUCUACAAAAUAGAGAGCCACUUAGACGUUGUGCACCCGUUUAAGACAAGAAAGGGAACUAGAAAGUGGUCGUACAUCAAAAAGAAAGAAAGAGACCAAACGCUUAAAGACCUGAUAUACUACGAGGUCGUAUUCUACCACAUCGAAGAAGCUCUAGGCACGGCCAAGUUUACAUUUGCAGAGUUUAAGACCUUGGCUCCACACGAAAAGGACAGCAUUAGUGUUCCGCUCUUCCUUACGCGCGUGAUGCGGACUGCAGUGGAGCUGGGCCCUUUUGUCAGGCUGGGAGAGGACGAGGAGAUAGACUCGAUAGAGUUUGAAGAAAAAGAGCCGUAUGUGUACGAGUACAUCUACGGAUACGCAGGCUUGGAGUACUCAGACGUGCACAAAUACUACAGCAACCUCUAUAUACCACUGGACAGAGAGAGAAGAAGAAGAGUAGACUGCUAUACGAUGGAGUGCAAGGCCUCCAAGCAGAUAGAAAGCGUUGUUAAGGUUGUGUGGUAUGCAAGAAUGCUGGGCAGUGUGGACGAGUACACACACUGCAUAAUAGACAAAAGUUUUAGGAGAGAAGAAAACGCAGAAAAACUCAGCUCCUUUAAUGCAACAGUAGAGUCAAGGGAGAAUAACAAAGACAGCAGGCUGCACGGCUUCUGGCUCGGCAAUGUUAGCGCAGAAAGCGAGAGAGAAAUAGACUCGAUGCAGAUGAUCUGCAACUGGCCCUUGAGCAGCUCAGAUGCGAAACACAUGGAAAAGAAGACUCUAGGCAUUAUCCUGUCCGAGCUUGAGAAAGCAAAAGAGAACUUUAAAAAGAUAGAAGAAAAGCAGAAGAAUAUCAUCCUGUUGUAUAGGAACAACUCUAUACCCGAGAUCCAAAAGCAAAAGAAGCUAGUGCACUGUGCAAAAAACAGAAUAAAAACACAGAUAAGAAAUCUGCACAAACAGGUGAUACAGAAACUUCUGUAUAGAAGGCCAGACAGCACGGCAGAGUUUAUGGUGUUCCGGAAUGUGAACGAAAGCAAGUCCAACCUAGGAGCACACAACGAGAUCCUUGACGUUUUGAUCUCGCGCUACAACUUUCAAAGGCAGUAUUCAAAAGAACAGAAAUGA